CGUGCAUCAGCCGUCAAUCGAAAACAUCACGAAAGAAGAAAAAAGGUCACGAAAAAAUCGAAUGAAAAGUAUCUGUGCGUGUCGUCGUCGUCGUCGGGGAUUAAUUUGCCCGUGGUUUGCUGACGAGAUGGAAAAGUGCAACCGUCGCGAGCCGCUUGUAGCGUAAAACAAGCAUCCAUCCCUGUGCUGCGGUGUAUUCCGGAACAGUCAGCUGCUGUUUGGCGAGUGCGAGAGUUUUCUUCUCACCAGCAACACUGCUGGCACAUUCGUGCUCUACCCCUUUCGCGCAGAAGGAGGCAGCUGCUGCUCUGUCUGCUGGUAAGAAAAUCAAUCGACCGCGGUCGACGCGUGAGCGGUGCAUAAUGCAAGUGCAACUUGGCUGUCCUAUCGGUGGGAGCAGCCAGCAGCAGCAGAAGAAGAACGGGUGCAUUCUACUAAAGACUGGUGGGUGCUGUGUUCCGUCCAUUGGACGAGUGUUGCAUCCUGCCCGUCGGUCAUAAUCCGUGCCGUGUGGGCCAGCACACUCGCAAGCAGACCUUCGACAACGCCUUCUGUGUGUGCAUACGUGCGUGUGUGUGUGUGUGUGGGUUUGGUAGGAUUGAUUUGCUCGGUCGCCGGAUGCACCGAACGGAGGAAGAUGCACGCCCAUGAUCACCGGGUCGUCGGCAGCAUUCAGGCAAGCAUCGCAGGAAGCAGAACGCACACGAAACAUCGACGAGCGUGAGCCAGAAGUGUGUCAAACAGUGGAGUUUCCUCUCGGUCGAUUCUCGAGCGGAAUCGGAAUUUCGAGCAGAUAAAUAACCCGCAAAAUCGAGCAGCGAAAACGGAAAAAACGGGAAGCAAAGGGGCAAGAGUCCUUUCUUUGCUGUGCAGUUCAAUCCGUGCGCCCGUGCAUAAUAUUCGAACCACCUGGAGCGAGGGAAAAAAUAGGGAAAAUUCGUUCCGCAAGUCAGUGAUUGCUAGGAUUUCGUCGGCCAUGGCCUACGAAGGUUUAUCGUCGUGGGACGUGUGGUAGAGAAGUGGGUGUGAUUACGUGCCCGUGUGUGGUGUGUAUGUGUACGGAGCGUAUGUGCGUCAAUCCGUUCGUGCGUGCACUUGUGAUCGGGGGGGGGGGGGGACCACCCCGUGGGUCCGUGUUGUUCCAUCCGUGCCUAAACGAGCCUCCAAGCCCGUACGUGUGGCAAGGAAAGCAAGUGCGAAAAACAAAUUGGAGCAUCCUGUGUGUUACGGUGUGCGUGUGUGUGUGUAGUGAUAUGCGCGCGCUCCUGUUCUACAAGAAAAUCCUUUUCACUGAUAGCAGGCGCUGCCAGGUUCGCUACGCAACGCCGAACGAGUAAAGGAGAGAGAGAGAGAGAGCGCGGUUCCGAGAGAACGAGACAGAACGAGUGUCGGGAGGAAAACUGUCACCGGGUAGUAGCAGCUGGCGGUGAAAAAGGGCCUGAAACGGAAUUGUUGUGUUUACCUAGUCUCAUCUGAUUUUACACCUCAAAAAGAAGCAUCGGAAGGAGUAAACGAAAACGAAAACCGGAAAAACCCCAACAUCGAACGCGAACGAUUUUCACGUUCCAUCACAAGCUCUCUCAGUCGGUUUUCCAUUGUUGGGCUUUCUUUUUUUUUUGCUACGAACUGAACUCGUGAACGUUUGUGAAAGCUGCAGCACACCCCGAGAGAUUCCUGAGAAGGAUCCUGGCUUCCCUUUGACAAACAGUCGCCGAGAACAGUUUUCUUACCUGGCGGAAAAGGCACCAUCAUCUGUACCGUCUUCUUGAAGCGCGCGACGAUGAAGGCGGUGUUAAAUAUGGACAGUUGUCAACGGAACCUCGUCACCUAAAGGGGCGCACCGAAUUUUGUGAGCAUUUCACCGCCAACUUCAAACUGUUCCCUGUCAAUAGCAGCGUGGAGGGACUUUCUCCUUCUACUCGUGACUACAGGAACACGCCCUCUCUAUUACCGGAACGUUCAGGAGCUUGCGGAACACACGAAGCGCAUCAAUACUGUGAGGCACCUUUCCCAGCCUUCAACCGUACACGACGAAGGCAGCAGCCCCGGGCAGUCAAAAAAACAAAAUGGUGUUAUCUUAGAACAGAUUUGCCUGAUAACAUCCCGGAACCUUCGCUGCAGCGCCCCGUCGUGGAGCUAGAGCAGGACGAAAGUGGCCGCAAUAAGACGGGUGAUCAUCCUACGAAUACGACCGAGAGCUACAAGAAACCAUGAGUCAGAAAACGUCAGCGAGCGGUGGACCGGGAGCUGGUGGUGGCAAAACGAAACCACCAUCGUCAACAGCUGGUCCCGCGACAACCACGUCUACCAGUGUCAGUCAAAAGCAGUCAAGCGAACCGACAGUAGGUUCAGAUGGAGCGCGAACCAAGUCAGCACAUUCCUCGGUACGAUCGUUAAACUUUGACGAUCCGGAGCUGCUGCUACCGGUGGCGGGACCUGGACGCAAGACAGAAUCAGCACCCAAAGACCGUAAGGAUAGUGGAGCGCUAGUGCCGAUGGGUUCCAGUUCGCUUGCCGCCAGUACGGUUAUUUCCGCGUCGAAGCCACCGCAUUCGAAACCCCCUCCGGAGGACAGCAAGGCGGUCGCUAGCGGCAACAGUCAACCAUUGACGAUAGGAAGUCCGGCGAAAAUGGGUAUCAAGAAAACGAUGCCGCACCAGGGAGCUUCACUGAAGCACGAAUCACAUCUUGAAUCACCACUGACGGCGUCCGCGGUAUCGUCGACCGGUAAACCGGCGCUACUGAAAGCAUCCUCCGUACCGGGUCCGGGUUUUGUCGGUGCGCCGGUAGCCUGUUCUUCGCCGCUGGGCGGCAAAUCUUCAGCCAGUGUUUCUCCGCACCAUGCGGCCCCCCCUGUGUCGCCCCAACCACUGACCGCACCUGUGAUAACGACGAUUGCUGCAGCAUCACCGACAACAACCGCCAUUGGCUCGCCGCUAGUCGGCACGGGACCGACCGCAUCACCUUCGACCGUUGUGAUGCGCACCUCCUCCGGCUCGAGCCUCCACAAAUCGGCCUCGUACCGAAAGUCAUCCUACAAACCACAACACUCGCACUCGUUGCGUUACUCCGGCAGUGGCAGUGACAUCUCCAACCUGGUGCGUGUGCGCAACUCCACGCUCGGCAACUCCGCACCAACGCUCUCGCUGAGCGCAAAGGAAAAUGGCGGCUUCGGGCUUGGUGCGCUGGGUGGUGGUAGCUUUUUUGCCGGCCAAAAGCGUCCCACCUCGUCAUCGUCAUCGUCGGCGGCGGCCGCCGCCCGGAGUGCGGCCGUGGCGCGGCAUCGGCUUAGCUUCGUUGCGAACAUUUCGCCCCGAUCUCACUCACCCAUUCCCGCUAGUCCCAUCGAUAGUCCGCGCAUCAAUUCGCCCAGUAUUAUGCAGUUUCCGUUCAUGCCGAUCAAGCGCAUCGCGUCGACGGCUGCGUCGAAGAGCUGCGACAGUCGGCGGUGGUCGGUCGCCUCGCUGCCAUCGUCCGGGUACGUGACGACGCCCGGAAGCUCCAACAUUUCCUCGCAGUGUUCGAGCCAGGAACGGUUGCAUCAGUUUCCGGCCGUCCCGACCAACGACGAUCUGCAGCUGCUGUCGUUGCAUUUCUCGUCGAACGACAGCAAUCCGAGCUUGGUUGAGGCGAGGACGCAUCACAGCCAUCAUCACCACCAUGCGUACCAUCAGCACCAUCAGCACCAUCCGCAUCAUCCGAUGGUACCGCCGGCGCAUCAUCACGCUCUCCAGCAGCAGCAGCAGCAGCAGCAACAGCAGCAGCAGUUUCACCACCAUCACCAACAUCAUCAUUCCCUGCCGGCAGGAGCCGGUACACACCAACUACCAUACUCACACCAGCAUCCGCUAGCGAUGGGUGCUGCUGGGGCACCGGGCAGUGGAGCAAUAGCCUCGUCGAUCUCACCACAAGCAGCAAGCUUCGGUUCGGGGGCCUCUAGCGGCGGUACGCUAUAUCAACAGCAGCAACCACUCAGCCUACAGGCUCACGUAGGAUUUGCGCAAGGCCCGGGAAGCAUCACGAAUCAACCGUCCGGACCGCAAUCCGGUCCGCUUCCCCAUCAGCACUGCACGCUGAAGUCCUCCGUGGGAUCUUCAGGCUCGGGCAGCUGCGGCAGCGGUCCUACCGGCAAGGACGAGAUGAACAACUUUUGCGGAUGCCGUUCACCGAUUCAUCGGCCGCGAUCGCGCAGUCUCAGCAGUCCGAGCCAUUCGCCGAUCACCGACAGUGAAAUCUCCAUCAUGAACACGUUCUACAAGGAGCGCUUCCCGAAAGCGACGCAACAGAUGGAGGAACGCUUGAGCCACUUUAUCAACGAGAACAAAAACAUCAUCAACGACAGUGCGCGCAACUCGCAGCCGAUCGUGCGGUUCGUGCAUCAUCAGGUGCUGGAAAUGGCACGCGAUUGUCUGAACAAAUCGCAAGCCAAACUGAUCACGUCACGGUAUUUCUACGAGAUGAGUGAAAACUUGGAGCGACUGUUGAUGGAGACGCGGGAAAAAUCGCCCGAAGCUGCGCCGGAGAUUACGGGUGUGAUUAAGAAGCUGCUGCUGAUCACCUCUCGUCCGGCCCGGCUGCUCGAAUGUUUGGAGUUCGAUCCGGAGGAGUUCUACCGGUUGCUGGAGGUGGCUGAGGGACAGGCAAAGGUGACGCAAGGCAUCAAGGCGGACAUUCCACAGUACAUCAUACAGAAGCUGGGAUUAAACCGUGACCCGAUAGCGGAGCUGCAGGAGGAACUCAAUAUCGAAACGGCGUCGCUCAACUCGAGCGUGAAUUGUGCCGAUCUGGAGGAAGAAGCGGAACAGGAAGAGCUGGUGGAUCGGCGGUCUCGUUUGCGGAGCAAUAGAAAUGCACGAGCGGACGAUAGUGAGCUUGCGGAUAUGAAUACUUCGAUCGCGAGUGAUCGCACAUCACGCGGUGGUGACGACAUGACGUGCUCCACACCGAAAGGGUCGGGAUCGUCGAGUUCGGCCGGGAAUAGUGCGGCCAGCAGUACGAGCAAUGUGUUGAACAACAACGCUGAACCGGGAGGAGCCACGGUGGGUGGGAGCACUUCGACCGGAACUGGCAACGCCACAACGACCGCAGGAACUGCAGGUGCAGUGGGAAAGAGCUUCAAGGCACGCUCCAACAAUGCCGUUCCGAAUGAGAAGGAUUUUGACAUACUGAAACUGAUCUCGAACGGUGCGUAUGGGGCCGUUUAUUUGGUAAAACACAAGCAAACGCGUCAACGGUUCGCGAUGAAGAAGAUCAACAAGAACAGCCUGAUGCUGCGCAACCAGGUGGAGCAGGUGUUUGCCGAGCGGGAUAUCCUUAGCUUCGCGGACAAUCCUUUUGUCGUGAGUAUGUACUGUUCGUUCGAAACGAAGAAACAUCUGUGUCUGGUGAUGGAGUACGUCGAAGGUGGGGACUGUGCGACGCUGCUGAAGAACAUCGGUCCGCUACCGUCGGAUAUGGCAAGGUUCUACUUUGCCGAAACGGUUCUCGCGGUCGAGUAUCUGCACAGCUACGGGAUCGUGCAUCGCGAUCUGAAACCGGACAAUCUGCUCAUCACUGCGCUCGGUCACAUCAAACUGACGGACUUUGGGCUAUCGAAGAUGGGCCUGAUGUCACUGGCGACGAAUCUGUACGAAGGCUAUCUGGACAGCGAGACAAGACAGUUCUCAGACAAGCAGGUGUUCGGUACGCCGGAAUAUAUCGCGCCGGAAGUGAUCAUGCGCAAGGGAUACGGUAAACCGGUGGACUGGUGGUCGAUGGGCAUCAUUCUGUACGAGUUUCUGAUCGGCUGUGUACCGUUCUUCGGCGAAACGCCUGAAGAGCUUUUCGCGCACACGGUCAAUGACGAUAUCGAGUGGCCCGAUGAAGAUGAUUGGCCACUGCAGGAGGAGGCGAAGGAUCUUAUCACGGUACUGUUGCAGCAGAAUCCUCGCGAUCGUCUCGGAACUGGUGGAGCACACGAGGUGAAGGAGCAUUGCUACUUUUACGGGCUCGAUUGGAACAAUCUGCUGCGGCAGAAGGCGGAGUUUGUGCCACAGCUGGACAAUGAGGAGGACACGAGCUACUUCGAUACGCGCGUCGAUCGGUUCAAUCACGAGAUCUGUGGUGAUGAUACGGACGAGAUGGAGGACUCACCAUUGUUCGGUUCGUUUAGCUCGUACUCGCCGCAGUAUCGCAAGCAGCACAGCCUUUCGCAAGCGUCCAUCAACUCUAGUGGCAAUUUCGGUGGCAGCACUGGUAGUCGGAUUAGUGGUGGAGUUGGUGCGCACGACGGUGGAUCCUUGGCGGCCGACAUACCGUCGGUUGUUGUGGCCCCCAAUGCGUCCAACGUUCCGCAGGCACUUCCAUCAUCCUCAUCGUCAGGAUCUUCGGUUCCGGAUGCGAUUGGAAUGCCGCGGGAAACAGGAACUACGAUAACGGUGAGUGGUCCUGCGAGUACCUCUACUGCACCUGCAACUACUACGGUUUCUUCUACCCUAAAGACAUCUACAUCUACGGGAGAGACAGUGGUGGAAACGCCGAGCAUCACUACAUGCUCGACGCUGGGCAAACCCCAACUACCGAGCCUAUUCGAAGAUGGGUAUGAUGCGACACACUCCCGGCCGAACGACAUCAGCAAACUCAUCAUAACGCCCGAACUGCGUAAGUUCAACAUCAAUCCUUCGCGCUACAAAAUGCCAUCAACGCCCGAUCUCGACUAUCUCCCCGAACUAGCGACACCCGAUCGGGAAGAUUUCAUGGUCCAUCACGGCAUCAAUCUACGGCCUACGGCAGUUAGCGUUGGAUCGAUGCGUGCCGCCCCGAGCACACCGGAAACUCCCGAGACGAACAAACGGUUCAGUGACUUCUAUCCACUCUCCUCACUGAAGCAGCUCAGCACGCCCGAAUCUUCCCAGACGGACAGUGAUGAUGUGUCGCCGCAGAUACAGCGCAAGCGCAAGAUCGUCCACAACCGCAUCCUGCCCAAAUUCUCCAUCUCGAUCGAGGAUGAUCAAAGUGGGCAUGAAACGUCCUCUUCCACACCGUCCCAAAUCGUGACAUCAUCGCCAUCGAACUCGCUGCACAACCUUAGCGGCAGCAAUUCGCGGCACAUCGUCAAAUCCGCCUCGGCCCUGGGGCUCUCGCCAAUGACUUCGUCCGAUGAUUCAUCGUCCGCGGUGACAACGGCGGUUGGGCGAUCGCUUGGUGGCGGUGGCGGAGGCAAUAUUUCCCUCUCGGGUCGUAAUGCGACGGGAACGACCGCUUCCAACCUGUCGUCUUCCUCCGGCUGCAGUACGGGCGGUAUCGCUUCGUCGACGAUGCAUUCGGCGGGCAACUGUUCCAGCACGGCUAGCUCGCGCGACACAUCACCCUGCCGUGAACUGAGCCCUCUAGUCACGAACCUGAAGCCACCGUUGAUCAUAAAGCGUGGACCGCGCGGAUUCGGGUUCACCGUGCAUACGAUACGGGUAUACUACGGAGAUACGGAUUUCUACACCAUGCACCAUCUGGUGAUGGCCGUCGAUGAGGGAAGUCCCGCGUUCGAAGCUGGUCUCCGUCCUGCGGACCUGAUCACACACGUCAACGGAGAAGCCGUCCAAGGGCUGUACCAUACGCAGGUUCUGCAGUUGCUGCUAAGCGGAUCCGAACUGGUGAGUCUGCGGGCAACACCGCUCGAGCACACGAGCAUCCAGACCGGUGGCCGCAAGCGUGAACCAUGGCAGAGCAAGUUUGCGAAAAAAUCAACGCACAGUCGGCGUAAGCAGAAGAAAGACAACGAGAAGAAGCGUAAGGCGUCACUGUUCCGACGGAUAAGCAGCAAGCGCGCAAGUGCCGAGAUGCAGCAGAUGGUGGCGGGCAUUCAAUCGCCAACGUCGGCCGUUCCGCCCAGCAGAAGCUUCCAAUCGUUGGCCCGCUUCCAGGGCAGUCAACCGAACUUGCUACAACCGGGUAUCGGGCCUGUGGUAGGAUCUCCCGGAGGAUUGCCUGUUCCUGGUGCAAUUCCACACCCGGCCGGGUUACAGUCUCCUGUUGGACCACCGGCUGGAGUGGUGGGUCCUCUUCCACAGUCAACAUUAGCUGCAACCGGUAGCUCGCCGGGCAAUCGACUAAGUCUCUCGCCGCUAAACUCCGCCGGAACGCUCUACAACCCAACGCUUCCGUCGCCGGGCUCUCCGAGUACAUCCGCACCAAGCACUCCAACCGGUAGCGGAACGCUCGGCUACAACGAUGGUGCUCCACUGUACCAGCGACCAUCAACGCUGCACGUCCUGAAGCACAAGCUGCACUCGUCACCCUGUGCCAGCAAUAAGGCGCUGCACUCUGCCGCUGCUGCCGGUGGACGUCCUUCGAACCGUCGGAAAUCGGCCGACCACAUGCCACUGUCACCACUGGCCCGAACACCGAGCCCUUCCCCUCUGCCCGCCUCACCGACACGCUCGUCUAGCCCGCUAGCCUUCCCGGUGGUGCAUCCGCUCGGUGCGUCCAACACAACACAAUCGUACAGUCCCGGUGGGCUGCCGAAUGCCGCAGGUAUCGGCAUCGCCACCGGGCUUCCGUCCGCCGUCGUGCCCGGUAUUGUGGCCGGUGGAAUUGGAGGUUCGCCGACACCUCCGACGAAGAAAGGAUUCCCGCGGGCGAAAACAGCCGAACCGAGCUCACCUUUGCUGCGCCGUGCGUUAUCUCCCGAUCGGCUCCAUCCACGCAGUGCUGCCGAGAGUAAGUGCGUGCUCUCGCCGCUCUGCUGUAACACUUCGCUAAAAACCACACCCCGUACGGUGGCUGGCAUUUGGAGAUCGAAUCAAAACUCCACCAUCACGACGGCUGCCGGCGGUGGACCGGGAGGACUUCAGCUGACAGCGUCCUGUGGCGGUAGCACAGUGGAGCCUUCAAGCGUGUCGGCGUCUCAGAAUAGCGUCAAUAACAACAACCACCCUCCACAAUCGGUGGCAUCGACUGGUGCUUCGGGUGGAGAAUCGUUAGCAGCAGUGGCAGCGCCAGGAAAGACUUCCGGAUCUGGACCUCCUGCAUCGCGCAAUACAAGUGCAACGCCAUCUGGUGGGAAAUCGGCUCCUCAGUCGAGUGCUGCUCCGUUGAGCAGCGUUCCCUCGAAAGAGGAUCAUCUGAAGUCGUCCGCAGACAAGCUUGUGCCGCUGAUGGAGAAGAUGGCCAUCAAGGAUGGAGAUGCGCCGACCACGACCAGCAUCAACAACAAUGGCGCCGGGGUCAGUAAGAAAGCGAAAGAGUAAUUAGUGCGCAAUAUGUUGUUUUUAAUUAGACUUGUGUACGGUGGUCUGGUGUCCCGAAAGGGAACGCUUAAGUGUGAUCGAUGUGUGCACGUGUUUUUCUUUCUUUCUUUUUUCGCCCUUUAAACCGUGUGGACAUUUUUAAUCUGAAUGCUCGUGUUCCCUAUUAGCAUCUGUUACGUUUAACCUUACGUUAGCUUUACCCUGUUUUGUUUUAAGUUGUUUAUAUGAUUAGUUGUGUACGUAAUGCGCGAUAUCAUUAUUAUUAUUAUUAUCAUUAUGUGCGUAAUUAUUAUUUUGUGCGUAAGAACGGCAAUUCCACAUGUGUUUACCCUACACUGCUCAACGUUUAUUUUAAUUACACCCUCAACUUGAUUUCAAUCGUGUGUGUGUGCGCGCGCGCUUAAUCGCGGCAAGGAGCAAGCUGCAAAUAAAGCCAACCGAGCAUGUGUAAAGCUACAAACGAUGGUGGCAAAUGAUAAAGGAAACAAACAUACGAAACAGCAGCAUCUUGACUGACUGACUAACCGGGAGAUUUAUCAAUGUUUAGACGAGAGCCACCCCGACAGAGCGACACCACUGAUUGGGGCGUCCUAUUAAUCUUACGGGGAAAAGCAACCAUAAUCUUACUGUGUGAUAUCUUGAACGGGGAGAAUUCGAAAUCGUGAAUCAAUAAAAAUGUAAUAGAACGUACAACGCAGCUGGAGGUGAAGCAAUGUGAACCGAAUGAGCUGCUGGCGUGGCAAGAUGGGCGAGUACGAGCGAAACAUUGGAAAGAAAGGUGAACUCACAUUCGUUGGCCGUACUUCACAAUCGGUGUAAUAGACAUAAAGUUCACGCGUUGCAAGCUAGCUCUAAAUCAGCACUCAAUGUAGCCAAAUGGACACAAACACACACCCACAAAUACAACCUUGAUGGAACCAUGGAAGCACUCAUAUCAUCGACGCGCAGAAGUGACAUCCAGUUUUGUUGCAGCAAAGAAUUGAAGCGCAGUCGUCAAAAUCAGCACCCAAGCAAAGUAAGGUAGAUAUAGUUGUAGAUCAGUUUCGUUUUUUAGCAUUUCCCGACGAAGCUUUCAAGAUUUUCCCACCAGUUUUCUUCAUCACAAGAUGGAUGACAUUUGUGUCCAAUUUAUCGUUUGUUCGUUGCAUUUCAAACAGUCCUGAAGGGAAGUUUGAUGGAAACUCUCUCCUUCUUUCAACAACCACCGUAUUAAUAAGUGAGAAAGAGAGAGAGAGGACGAGUUGCACUCAAAAUAGUAAGAUAGAGCGUACAGUUGAUUGUAACACACACACUCAAACAAAACCAAAAACAGCUAAAUGCAAUACUCCCAUACUUUGUCCUUGAUGUGAAACGUUAACGUGUAGUAUACCAGAUACAGUAAUAGAAGAUGCAAACCCUGCAAACCCCGUGCAAGAAAUAAUACAACUAUUUAAAUAGUGCAAUAUUAGUGAGGAAAAGGUUAAAAGAAACCGGACACAAAGAACACAGAAGAAGAAGAAGAGUGCAAGUUAAGGGAAAGAUAUAAAACAGAGUAAAUAACGCAAAACAGAGAGAGAGACAGAGAGAUUCAACUAUAACAAACCGAACCCCAAACCCUUUAAAAUAAUAAUUCCAUAACAGAAACUAUUGAGAGAAAAACAGCAAAAACUGUAAAGGUAAAACACAAAUGUAUUUGUAUUCAAUGGUUUCCCGAUUGUCUACGCGAUCUUCUUAAAUAUGGCUGAUUGUUGGUUGAUCGAUUGUUUAGAAUGUGAAUUUGGCACGUGUUUGCGGAAGGAUGAGCGUGGUUGAUGCUUUACAGCUUCACCCGGAAACCGGGAAACAAAUGUAAAGGAAGACAUAUUUAGUGAGAGAAUGGAAAGCAUGGGGGAAACCUAGGUGGAUGAAAGUUUUGUGAUCUGUAACCGUAUAGCUUCGAGUGGUUUAAUUCAGUUUCAACUUCAUAACUUUGUGAUGAUGAGUUCGUCGUUGUGUGAAGAUGGACGAGCUGUGUUUGCGUGUGAUGUGAUUGUGUGAAUGCAAAAAGUGUUCUUGUAAGUUUUGUAUUGUUUCCCGUUUGUUGUACAUAAAUGCUAGAUGAAAAAGGCGCUGAUGAAUACUAAUGCGAAAGGGAUAUUACAACUAGAGAGAAAAAAAACACCUUCGGUGUAGCUUUCUGCUCCGUGUGAAUUCAAUAUGGCGGUAGACGAUGACUGCUUCAGAAUGAUUUCUUUUCCACUAGCCCUGCUUUCGUGCGACUCCCGAAUGCGCUCGGUUCGUCCUAGUUUACGUAAAUGGUUCUUGUUCGAAUUGAGGGGAACAGUGCAACCAACUGCUUCUGAGCUUUCCUACGGCGAACCAAACGAAAAUGGAAAAUCGCAUCGAAUGUGAAGUAAAAGGAAAUGUAAAAGACAUGCCUGCAAUUGCUUGCAAAUCUAUCAACGGAAGCUCCGCAUGAAGAACGGAUGUAAACCAUGAAGCGACGAAUUGAUGUCGCCCUUUUCGCCCCAGAUUAGUAGUAUUAAGACAUCCAUGGUCGCAAGUCAGCCAUUGUCUAGAACAGGGAUGCUACAGCAUGUAGCGCAAGCUCCCUUCCAGCUGAACUGAAACAGAAGGAGAGCACACAGGAGAAGCAAACGUUGUAAAUCGAAGGGCAAAUACUAAGUGUGUGUGUGUACACCGAGCGGCACCGAAACCGUGCGCUGACCGAUUUGAAUUACCAAUAAAAAAUACUUAUCAAUGUUGCUGCAGUGUGGCGAAUAAAAUGGAA